AUGGACCUGCUGCACAGUGCUGGGGUGCAGGUGGUGCAGUACCUGCAGGAGAACUACCAGGGCUUCCAGGACUGGUUCCUCUUCAUCUCCUUCGCUGCUGACCUUAAAACCACAUUCUUCAUCUUCUUCCCCAUCUGGUUCCACCUCUGCGAGGCGGUGGGCGUCAAGCUGAUCUGGGUGGCCGUGAUCGGGGACUGGCUCAACCUGGUCUUUAAGUGGAUCCUCUUUGGGCAGAGACCCUACUGGUGGGUCCAUGAAACCGGUUACUAUGGCAACGCCUCCACCCCUGUGAUCCAGCAGUUCCCCCUCACCUGUGAGACCGGCCCAGGAAGCCCCUCAGGCCACGCCAUGGGUUCUGCUGGAGUCUACUACGUCAUGGUGACUGCCCUGCUGCCCUGCGUCCAGGGCACCCAGCACAGAUCCUGUGCAGCCAGCCCAGGGGUGAAAGGACUAAGUGCAGAGGGGCCAGCUGGGGGAAGCAGCUUGAAGGCUGUAACUAGCCUGGAUCAGCCCAGCUCUGAACAGGAGGCGGUGGGAGGCCUGAGGGGGCAGGAGGGCUGGACUUACAGGCAUAAAGAAAAGCUUAGUGCUUUCGAAGAGAGGUGCCUCCGCGGCCUCCUGUGGCUUGCGUUCUGGGCCGUGCAGGUCUGCGUCUGCUUGUCCCGAGUCUUCCUAGCUGCUCACUUCCCCCAUCAGGUGAUCGCAGGGGUCAUCUCAGGGAUGGUAGUAGCAGAAGCUUUUGACCACAUCCACUCCAUCUACAACGCCAGUCUCCGGAGGUACCUGGGCACCACCCUCUUCCUGUUCAGCUUCGCCCUGGGGUUCUACCUGCUGCUGAAGGCUCUCAGUGUUGACCUGCUGUGGACCCUGGAGAAAGCCAAGAGGUGGUGUGACCGGCCGGAGUGGGUCCACAUUGAAACCACCCCCUUCGCCAGCCUCCUCAGGAACCUGGGCAUCCUGUUUGGGCUGGGGCUGGCCCUCAACUCCCAGAUGUACCUGGAGAGCUGCAAAGGGAAAAUGGGCCAGCAGCUGCCCUUCCGCCUGAGCUGCAUCGCGGCCUCGCUCCUCGUCCUGCACCUCUUCGACUCCUUCGACCUCCCCACAGACAGAGAGCUACUGUUCUACGUCCUGUCCUUCUGCAAGAGCGCCGCUGCCCACCUAUGUGCGGUGGCACUCAUCCCCUACUGCAUUGCCCAGGUGCUCAGGAGGGGUGACAAGAAGAUCCUGUAG